AUGACAGUCAUCGGCAAGACGCUGGGAGCACUUGACACUGUCGUGCCAUUGGAUGAAGCUGUAUUCGAUUCCGGAGAAGCGGCUGACCAAGUGCUUCCGGCCGAGUCGAUUGUUGCAUUGCUCGCUGACGAAGUGGAUGGCGAUGCCGCGCUGUUACCGUCGAUCGAGGUCGAGUUGGCGAAGGGCAGUGCGGUUGUUAGAAGGCCUGAGCUUUGA